CACCACCCCCCAUUUAUAUCCCCCGCUCUCCUCCUCCUCCUCCCCUAUAAUGCGCGAUGGUGUGCACUACGCGCCGCUCAUCCCCUCUCCCUCUCCCUCUCGGCCGCCAGCCCCCGUGAACAACCUCUCUCCAUCCUCCAACCAAAACAUGCUCCUCUCUGUCUUUUUGGCUCUUUUUCUCCCUUGCGUCGGAAUGAGCGCUGUUUUUCUUGUUUAUAUUUGUCUCCUGUGGUACGCUGCUGAAAAUAAUCAAACAGAAAUUUCGCCGCCAGUAAAGCAGCCGACGGAGAAGGGAUUAUCUCCGUCUGAGCUUGAUAAGUUGCCGAAAAUAACUGGAAAGGAGUUGGUUAUGGGGACGGAGUGUGCGGUUUGUCUUGAUGAGAUUGAGAUCGAGCAACCGGCGAGGCUGGUUCCUGGUUGCAAUCAUGGUUUCCAUUUACAAUGUGCAGAUACUUGGCUUUCGAAGCAUUCUGUGUGUCCUGUUUGCAGGGGCAAGCUUGAUUCCCAGUUUUUCAUCGCUUCUAAUGAGAAUCCUUGCUGAAUUCCGAUCAUGACGAAGGAGAAGAAGAAGAAGAUGAUGAUGAUGAUGAUGGAUUCUGUUUAGCAUUCUAUUAGGGUAUUGUAAGAUAACAUAGAUCAGAAUUCUUGUUCAUGUCGCUUAAUUAAUUAUUAUAUUUGUUUGUGUUCUGUGAUUAA